AUGGAGGGUUGGUUAACAAUUUUCUGUUCACUUUGUGAUUCACCUUUCAGUAUUCUCAAGUUCUUAGAAUCCACUUACAUCCCACCUUCCUAUAUAUUGGAAAUGGAAAAAGUUGCCAAGCAAGGAGAUUCCAUUCUGGUGUCUGGAAUAAAAACAGGGAGUUCUAAAUUAAAGGCAAGACUUCAGGAAAGCAUCUAUAAGAAUGUACAGCCUGCAGAAGUCAGAUUGCUUAUUUUGGAAAACAUAUUUUUAAAUCCAACAUAUGACAUUUAUCUUCUGGUGGGAACAUCAAUUCAGUACAGAGUUCAGAAACUGAGGCAAGGGAAGAUCACAGAAAUAGCAAUGCCAUCAGAGCAGUAGGAGCUGCAGCUCCAGAACAACAUCCUCCAUCCCAAGGGAGAUCCCUCCCCGCCAGUUGCCAAGCUGGACCAGGCAACAUCCACUGUGACUGCGUUGCAGCAGGGCCAAACCAACCUCAUCCUGGUGCACAAGAGUAUCCGCACGCAGGGGGUGUCCUGGCUGCCCACCAGCAGUGUCUGUGUGGUAGCUCCUGCAUAUUUGGGAUUUACAGUUCAUCCAGGUGACAGAUGGGUCCUGGAAACGGGCAGACUUUAUGAAAUUACAGUUGACGUGUAUGAUAAAUCAAGCAAUAAGGUGAAUUUAUCUGAUAAUAUCCGAAUUACUACAGAGCUGUCCGGAGAACACUUUGAGGUGCUGCAGUCCUCUCUGAAUGGGUCCUAUCAUUAUGUGAUGGCUGUAAAGGCAGGUCAGACCACAACUGAUGCUGCACUGACAUCAGUAGUUGACCAGGAUGGAGGUGUUCAUACCUUCCCAGUUCCAGUGAGAAACCAGCAGGAUGCGGAGAUCUAUGUUCCAAUAUUGCUUGUACCCAGCAUUCUGAUGUUUCCUUGUCAGCCAAAAGCAGGAGCCUACCAGUACACCAUCCAGGCUCAGGGUGGAAGUGGCAACUUCAGCUGGUCCUCUUCUAACCAGGCAGUAGCCACAGUGACAGUCAAAGGAGUGCUGAGCACGGGGAGCGAUGCUGGGGUCAGCAUUAUUCAGGUGUUCGACGUGUGGAAUUUGCUGCUUUAUGGCGAAAUGAAGGUGUACGUGAGCGAGCCCAGCGCCAUGGAGUUCACUUCCUGCCAGGUGAAGGCACACGUGGGGCAGGUGCUGGAGCUGCCCCUGAGGAUCAGUGGCCGGACCAGCGUGGACAGGGGCGAGCUGGUCCCCCUGAGCGACUGCUCACAGCUGGAGCUGGGGGUGGAGCUGGAGAACCCUGGCGUGUUCAGCCCACUUGAAGGAAGACUUAAGCCAACUGCUGAUUUUUGCAGUGGAGUGAGACUGAAGGCUGAAUUUCAGGGGUACACCAGGCUGGUGGUUGUGUACACCCACGGGCACGUGCACCUCAGUGCCAGCAUCACCAUCGCCACUUAUCUCCCGCUGAGAGUGAGUCUGCUUCCUCUGCUCCUGGAGAGAUCCAGGAUCCAAAAUCCGGUUGUAUCGGUUCAGUUCAAAAUAUUCCUUCUUUUUCAGGUUCCUGUUUCCAGUUACUGCAAUCCAGUGCUGGAUUUGGCUGCCUAUGACCAGCAAGGCAGGAAAUUUGAUAACUUCAGCUCCCUUAGUAUUGUGUGGGAAUCCACAAAUAAGGCCAUUGCUUGUAUUGAGACGGAGCUGCCAAUGGAGCUGACUCUGAAGGAGGAGGGCAAUGGUCAGAAGAAAAUGCAGGGCUUACAAACUGUGGUAGUUGACCGUGAGUUUGGAACUGCUGCCAUCUCUGCCACUGCCACUGGAUUCCAGCAGCCCCACCUGAAGGCAGCCAGAGCCCACAUACUGCACGAGGCUGUGCUCCCAGGGCUUGCCACCAUUGAAGUGAUGCUUGUGGAAGAUGUGAAAGUGAGCCCCACUGGGCUCUCCAUCUACAACCACCCUGACAUCCAGGCAGAACUUCUCCUCCAACAAGGUUCUGGAUAUUUUUUCAUUAAUACCAGUGUGCCAAAUAUUGUAAGAGUUACACAUGAAGAGACUCAAGGCAUUGCUUUGAAACAGGAGUAGUGCCCUCACAGAACAAAAUGUCAGCUUUCCCCACUGCUCUGCUGCUGGCUCCUGUGGUGCUGCUGGGCAGAGCUGAGAGUUCACUGAGCUCCUGUGCACUGGGGGGCCUGUCCAUCUCCCCUUGUUCAGAGUUCAGAGCACACAGCAGGACACCCGACUUCACUGCUCCCUGGCCAAAGGGAGGAGAACAGCUGGGAUUGUCCUGAGGUCUGUGACAAGGUCAGGGAGUUGCAGGAGAACUGCAGAGCUGAUGUGAGGAGCAAGGUGUGGCUGCAUGGCCUUGGCAGAGGGGACUUUGGGAUGGGUGCUUAGUUCUGAGGGCUUGUGUUUGGGACCAGAGGUCUCUCUCUUCAUUGUUUUAUUCUCUUUAUCUGUUAAGUGUAACAUUCUCUUUCUUUAAAAUAAAUGUUCUUUAAAAUAAA